UUCCAUCCACCUGAUAGUUAUUAGCAGAAGAGCAGCAUACUUUUCCACAUCCUUUUUCUAUAUACUAUCAGUAUAUGCUUCGUCAAUGGCUCCGUACCUCAAAUAGCUCAGCAGAAGCUACCUGUUAGCUAAACAUAUCGGACCACUGAACGGUUAGUUACAGGUUUCUAGCUAGCAAGGCUAGCUGCAUCUGCACAGCAGCAACAAUUUGGAGACAAAUACUGACAUAGAACUAGUCUGCGGGGUUUAAAACAUGGACAAGAUUGUGCAAGACGUGGGUGAUAUUCAGUCAAGACUGUUGGACCACAGACCUGUCAUCAAUGCAGAAAUCCGCUACUUUGUGAGAGAAUUUGAGGAAAAACGUGGGCACAGGGAGAGCAGACUUCUAGAGAACCUCAAUAAAAUGGUGUCAGAAACGAAUGAACAAAUGGUGUCGACAAAUCUAGAGGGCAUCACCCAGCAGCUGUCUGACAUCAGGAAGCGAUUGGAGGCUGCUAAUCACAUGGCAGAGAGAGUCCAGCAGAGGGAGCUAGAGGCACAGCAGAGCACCCAGAUGCAGGUGAACAUGGAGCGUUUGAAAGAAGAGUGGGCCGAGUUUCUGAAGGAGCAGCAGAGACUAAAAGAGGAGGUGGAUGAGGAGCAUGUGAAGGCUGUGGGACAACUCAGCACCCAGUAUAAUGAAAUGAAGAAUGAAUUAACCAAGUUUCCAUCUGUUUAAUCAGUUCUUAGUGAGAGCAUGAGUAAAAAAGAAAGACCGUUUUUAUUAUGGGCAUGGGUGUUUAAUCAAGACACUGGCUUGAGUAAGUUUCAUAGACUUCAGUAUCCUGGUUUGGUUAGGGUUUUAUGAUGCUGUUUUGUGUUUGGGUAUGCAAACCUGGCUCAUGGACCUGGGCCCACCAGUUUGUCUAUUUGGCCAACCCUCAAAGUUUUAGACUUUCUUAAUAGACUUUCUUUGCUUAUACUUUUGUAUUAUAUAACUAUUUGAUUGCUGUUUAAAAAAUUUAACCCCAUAAUUAUGCAGCUCUCAGGUGUGAAGGUAAAACUAACCAUAUCAGGUUAUAUUACGCUGCCGAUGCUUGUAAAAGUAGCGCAGGUGCGCUCAUACGUGCACAGGUUUUGCUGAGCAGCAAAUGAUCCAUGAGACAUAGAGAGAGAGAGCUUCACAUGAAGGAGAGACUCAAGUCUGACCCGGAAAAGGUCAGAAAACUUCUCCAGGUUUUAUCAUUAACUUUCCCUCACUGAUUUUAUCUACAGUGACCAAUAGGUUCAGUUACCUAGACCAUGAUGCUCCACUACUGUCUUAUUUUUACUGUCAUAGACUAAUUUGCCCCAUAAACGUUACAUUUUCAUGAAGCUGACAUCUCGUUGACCUGCUCAGCAGUGAACCUGUACGUGUACGUGAGCCGUGCUGCGUGCACAGAGUGUGGCGUGGAUGAACGCUCUGCACUGUGUGACUGAGCUUCAGACAUUCAAGCUACCAGGAACAAAGCUUUGAAACAUGUCAGGUUAGAUGUUAAAUAAAGCCAUGGAUUGUAGCAUUGAGACUGCGGAAAUCAUGCAGAAAAUAUUAAUUUCUAGCGGGUCUAAACAGGUUUGAAUUGAGCAACAGUUCAGAUUAUUUGUGCAACAGCUCCCUCUUAUUAAAUACAGCCUAUAACUUGAAUAAUAUAAGCCUUGAGUCUUAUACCCCAUUAAAUAAUGCUGCUUGUUCUAAUAGAGUGGCUGGUAAAAAUGUUUGUGGCUUGUAGAAACUUUAAUCAACCAGCCAUAGUGGAAGAAGAGGAUGAAAUUGAAUUCCAACCCUGAUCAGUACACGUUUUCAUAGAUAAAGCCUCUAAAGAUUGAUUUAUUUAACUUCAAAAUGUACAAACUUUCUCCUGGGGUCAGAACAGCAUGUAGCCGGUAGCUGAAGCUUGCAUUGCAAAGUAGUGCCAACACAGAGGCUUUCUGGGUGAGAAAUAAAACACUUAAAAAUGUUAAGAUAUUCUGUCCAAUUGAGCCAACAUUGUUUUUGUUUUUGUUUUUUUUUACCAUUUUUCCCUUAAAAGUCACUAAAUUUCGUGGAGCAACUGUACCCAUCUGCUACACUGAAUAGCCUAGCUUCUUCAAGAGUGUCCUGUUUGAAGGGGAAACACUGCAGUCAGUGGAGGCAAAUGGCACUAUUCUUGUCAUGUAGCUUAUACAACACAACUUGAAAUAUCCCUUUGACAAAUUGAGUUUGUCUGGUUUCCUAUCAGGUAUGGACACUGCUCUAUUCUCCUGUGUUGAAAAAGAGGUGGAUAUACCCCAUGAAUAAUACAGGCUCUAAAUUAGUAGGUGUAAGCUCUUAAUAAGCCAAAGUGGUGUUAUUUCUGAGUUUCUAAAACUGCAAAGGUUUGUGUUGUAGAACUAUAAACAGCGUCGGCGCCUGCACAUAUACAAUGCAGUAAUCAGAUACCAGGAUACUCGUAGUUCUCAUGUUUUCAGGGAUAAAUGCCACAUCCUGAAUAUGAUCCAAACCAGGAUAAAGCUUAUAGCAGAGAUAUUCUAGUCCAUGUAAACCCACUAACUGAUAUAUUUUCUGGUUAGCAUAACUGCUGCUUCAAACUGAACAUUUUCUAAAUCACAAAUCUUAAAGUGCGAUUAACAGUCCCACAGUUUUCCAGGUCAUCAAACUCACAAUCCUCUGUCUUUUAGCACGUGAAAUUUCAUAGCACUUAAAAGGUCUGGAACGUGUCAUUUUUUUAAACAAGCAAGCGUUUGAUUGUUCCGUAGCUGUGAAGUUUUCAACAUUUCAAGAUUUUUAAUGGACGACUGCCUGGAGGGAGCAGAUGAUAAAUUUGCCUGAAGUUGAAAGGAACCUGGAUCAUUAAAUGUUGGAAAAGUCUUUGUGAGCAGGUGUGUUUAAAGCACAGGUCAAGUGUUGUAGAAACAAGCUGUAACAGAAGUGUUUCCAGAGCAAAUCCUCCCGUCUCCAGCUCUCGUGUGUUUGGAACAUUUGACCUCUGACAAAAACUCAUGUAAACCAACUGUCUAUGAAGUCACUUUGAUAAUAAAAUACCUUCACUCUGGCCAAAUUUGAAGGAUCAGCAGCAGCUGUUUUUAGUUUUACCACCUUUAGUCUGACUUUAAUGAGUCAUUACCCCAAACUUUUUUAUUCCUGUUUAAAUGCAUAGUAUGUAACUUUUCCUCUGAGAGGCUCUCAAUCAAAACAAUAACAAAAGAUGACAAGUAGGGACAUGCUGCUUAGCCACACCCACCUCUGUUGGUUACUUCCUGUUUUGAAUAAAAAACU